AUGGACCCAAGUUAUACUUCCAGUCUUUACUUCGGAUGCUGCACAAGCUGCAGUAAAGCUGUGUACGGUGAAGGGAGAGCCUGUCGGGCGAUGGGAUGUUUAUUCCACAACACUUGUUUCACCUGCAGCGUUUGCAGUGAAAAGCUCAGUGGGAAGCCAUUUUAUACAAUGUCAGGAAGAAUCUACUGUGAGGAUGAUUUUUUGUACUCAGGAGCUCAUCCAUCCCAAGAAGUGUGUAACAGCUGUGGGUAUUUAAUCAUGGACAUGGUUUUGCAGGCUCGUGGGAAGUCCUACCACACGUCCUGCUUUCGCUGUGUGGUCUGCAGACAAAGCCUGGAGGGUCAGCCCUUCACUGUGGAUGCAGACAGCAGGGUUUACUGUGUCAGCGACUACCACAGGAUCCGAGCCCCUCUGUGUGCUGCAUGCAGAGUGCCAAUACUGCCAACUGAGGGGUCUACGGAGUCUAUCCGGGUGGUAUCGUUUGACAGAAAUUACCAUGUAGAGUGCUACAGUGGUGAGGUUAACCUCAUUUGA